AUGGACCGAGUGGAUGACUGGGGAGAUGGUUUCGUUAAGGACGAGAUAAGACUUGUAAGAAGCCCUUGCGGAAGGCUUCUCGUUGCCUUUUGGAGAAGCAGCGGCACGCUUGCGGGUCUGUAUGCGAAUUUGACCUACAGGCAUGUUUUCCAGUCCCUGCUGCCUAAUUGCGAAGCUUGGGAGCGUUUGGCGGGACGUCCUGGGCCCGAUGACCUGGACUCUGCACUGGGGCUGCACGGCUACACUCUGCUGCUGACCCUUCGGGGUGCGAAGGCGGAGCUCGGCCGUGAGCGAGCAGACAGCUUCGGCAGUGUUGCAGUGUCAAGCUCUCACAGCGUAAUUCAGACACGAGAUCCGGCAAAUCUGCCGGCACCUGCGCAGGAUGCCGGAAGGGCAAGUUUGUGCCGCGAUCAACGGGUAAGAGAGAGGAAGCUCCGCGCACAGGUGUGCCACUUUGAAGUUCUUGCCCCUCAUGAUUCUGGGCUUCAGCCGGCGUUCUCCUGCACCCGGCAACCGGGCAUUGCAUUCCAGACAGCUGCCUUCAGGCUUUUCUUGGCUGACCAUGUCUUUGUGGAUGCUACGAUCUUUGACGACCAUGGACGCGUGUUCUGGGCUGUGCAGGGACGCUUAGUAUGU